AUGAAACUAGACGCAAUUGGGAAGAAAUAUGGGGACAUCUUCACGAUCGGCGUCUUUCACAAGGAGCUCGUGAUUCUGAGGAACUGGGAACUCGUGAGAGACAUUUUCGGACGGUUGGAAGCUUCGGGUCGACCAGAAACGCUUAUUGCUCGACAAGUCGCUCUCGGUGACAUGGGCAUCGUAUCCGCGCAGGGCAGCCUGUGGCAGGAGAACCGCCGCUUCACCAUGCGGAUCCUGAAGGACUUCGGCUUCGGGAAGAGGGAGGCCAUGGACUCCAUCAUCCGAGACUCCGUCCUCGAUCUCUGCCGGUUCCUCGAGGAGAAUCAGCUCAGGCCUCUCGAUCUCGGUCCUCGCCUCAACGUUGCCGUUCUCAACGUUAUCUGGAAAAUGACUGCAGACAAGCAAUUUCCUCAUGGCGAUUCGAGGAUGCAAUACUUCAUGAAAAGUCUGAUGGAAGUCUUCAAGGAUUCCAGCUACAUUGGGAACUUCCAAUGGGUUCCCCUGCUGGUGUACCUUUGGCCGCCUGCACUCCGAGCCUCGCAGCGCAUCGAUCGCAACGCGGCGGCCAUCGCGAAGAUAUUCUCGGACGAGCUGGAAGAACACAAGAGAAAUCUGCCUUCGUCCGGAGGCUCGAACGACUACAUCGACGCUUACCUCACGGAAAUGGCGCAGCAGAAAGCUCGAGGGGAGGUCAACCCGAAUUUCUCAGAGAUCGAGCUGCGAGUGAUCAUCUCAGACCUGUUCAUCGCCGGGAGCGAGACGACAACAAACACCAUCCGUUGGUGCGUCCUGUUUCUCCUCUGCCACCCCGAAAUUCAGGAGAAACUCCAGGCCGAAGUCGACAGCGUGGUCGGGCCCGAACGACUUCCUUCGCUCGACGAUCGAGACAGAAUGUACUACAUGCAAGCAUUCAUCAUGGAAGUGCAACGAUUAGCGAAUCUGCUCCCCUUCGGAUUGCCUCACUUUGCCACAGAAGACAUAGAAGUUACCGGUCUUCGGUUUCCCAAGGGAACAUCAUUCCUGGCGAACGUCUGGUCGUGUCACAUGGAUCCCAAGUUCUGGCCCGAUCCUGAAAAAUUCGAUCCUGGAAGAUUCCUGAAUCCAGAUGGAUCCGUGAAGACAAAAGUCCCAAGCUUCCUUCCCUUCCUCCUCGGGAAGCGUCAAUGCCUGGGAGAGUCCUUGGCCCUCAUGGAACUCUUCUUGUUCCUGGCCAUCUUCAUGCAGAAAUUCACAUUUCGCACCACGACGGGACGUCCUCAUCCUAAAGCCGAGGCUGUUGGCGGCUUGAUCACUGGAAUAGGAGAUGAUCUUGGCUGGAAGACUUCAUGA